ACAUCCCCGAUCGCGCGGCGCGUUCGGUGAAGAAAACAAAAAGUAAAACACAUCGCCACUCCGGAGAUUCCUCGCAAGUGUCCGUACCACCGCAGUGAUGACGAUCUUCGACGAAGUUUAGUACGAACCCUCCCAAGAAGCACCCUUGCGGUAAAAGAGGCCCGAAACAGAGAGAGAGAGACAGAGAGAGAGAGAGAAAGAGCGACCGACCGGCGGCGAUCAUGGAAUCUACGGACCGGUAGAAACUAGCCACUGUGAUACGAUCGCAAAGGGAUUAUUUCAUUGUUUCGGGAAAGUAUCGGUGAGAGGGACCGAUAAGAAAUGGAGGAGAAGCCGGUACCGAAACCGCGGUCCAAUCUGACCCCCGAGAGUCGAGGAGUCGUCGUCCGAUCGACGACGCCGGUUCCGGCCCCGCGAAAUCUCCAAUUUAACGCCGCGACGUCUACGCCGUCCCGUUCGACCAGUUCCAGCGAGUCGAGCUCCUCCGACAAAAGCGAGGAAGGUAAGCCCCGCGCAAACGUUAACGAACAGUCAGGCCGAACGAGAACGAGGCCCGAAUUUUUACGGAGCAUAAGCGGCUGCUCGAAGCAAUUGAAAGAUGAAAUUUCAGAGAGGAUGACCUCGAAGAGCAGAUCGAUGAUAUCGAGCACGAGGAACGCCAGUCUGAGAUUGGAGAAAUCGAUGAAGAAUCUGCUGACCCGCCGGCUGGCCGCCGUCAACGGCGAGGACCGCGGGCUUCCACCGGACGCUCCGCGGGGCGUCCCCGCCGCCGACCGGAAGCUCAAGGACGCCAAGUCGGCGCGUCAUCAGGAUCGUUGCGUCUCGAUGCCUACCGACGACAUAUUCAACGGCAUAUCGUUCUACAGCCCGUUGGGCGCGACGCUGCGGAGCGUACGCAACGAGGUGGACCUGUCGACGAUCAGGUACAGUCCGCCGCCGCCGGUUUACCCGCCGCCACCGCUGCCGGAGGAAUCGAUCUACGACGAGUUGCAAUCGGUCACGUCCGGCAACAGCGGCGGCGGCGGCCGAUACGACACCCUGAGUUCGACGGUAUCGGCGAACCGCGACGUCGACCCCAACGACGACGCCUCGGACCUCCUGAGUUUCGGCAGAAGUCCCCAGGGCAGCGACUCGGACGCCAGUCUGAACAACGAGAGGGCGAUCACCGCCGAGGUGCCCAAGAGGAUACUGAGGUCCGACUCGUGGACGUUCUACGACGCGUUCGCACCGGCCUCGAAGAGGUUCGACGAGCUCGGCGUCGAUCUCGAGAUAACGCAGUCAGGCGCGGACGAGGGCGCCAACGAGCCUCCGAUCGAGAAGAAUCUGCUCAGGCUCUCGGACGUCGGCAGCGUGGUGUCCAUACCGAACUCGCUCUACGAGAACUGGCUUCCCAAGGGGGGGACGCGAGUUCCCGACGACGAAAUUCCGCCGUCCGUCGGCACGGGCGGCGGAAAUUUUUCGCGGGAACACAGCAAAUCGCUGCUGUUCGAGUUCGAUCCGCUGUCGCGAACAACCGACGACAACAUAUACAGCAAUUACGAGAACAACGACAUGAUGCUUCUCGAGGCGCUUCUGGCCACCAGCGAUUCGCCGAGCAGCGCCGGCAGUUUCGCCGAUCUCAGGGAAGAGGUGGAAGACGCCGAAGACGAAGCUUACCACGAGGUUACCGCGUACCGCGCGACGAACGACGACGAAGUCGUAGUCGCAGUCGACGACGACGACGACGACGAUCGCGAGGAAACGGAAACGGAAACCGCCGCCGCCGAACCGCCGCCGGAACCGCCGCGGAGAUACGACUCGUUGCCGAAAAACGAAUACGACGAAGUCGAACUGGUCGAGGUACCGGACGCCGCGGUACGUCCGUCCGGUAAAAAUCCACCCCUACUACCGAAACUAUCGCAAAUCGGGAAGAAACAGCCGGCCGUACCGCCCCGAAAACCAUCCGUGAAGAUCCACGUCGCGAAGAGUACCCGAGAAGUUCCGGCCCAAACGCAGCUGAAAAUUCCCGACGACCUUCCGCCGCCGCCGCCGACGUCGCCCCCGUGUCCCCAAGUUGCCGAAGAAACUCGUACCUCGAUGAUGCGUAAAUUGCAGAAAAAAUUGAGACACGAUUCCGUCGCGAGUAUAAGACCGAACGUUAUGAAUUUCGUACGCGGCAGUAAAUUGUUGUCCAGAAAUCGCGAUAACGCCAAAGAUGUUGCUUCCGCGUCGAAACUCGAACGACCUACUUACACGGGUCACACGUCACCGGCCAAAAGGGGUAUAGUUUAUCGUCCCGGCGUAGGGAUGGAGAGGACCAAGGACCUCGUACAAAGAGCCGCGGUCCUAGCGGACAAGAAAUUAUCCUUCUACGGGGACAAGGGACUCGCGGUUCUCAAGGAGACCGUCUCGCUGGAAACGGUGCACAGCGUGCAUCUGCUGCAGGACGUCAAGGUGGUGGACGGCGAGGCGAUGCACUGCAUAGCCGUGAGCGGCGAGGGUCGUCCCGGGGUACACGUGUUUUACGUGAAAGGUGUUACGGAGAGGAGGAUAUGGGCCCAAAGGAUCCUGGAAGCCUUGACCCCGGUAUUCCCCGUCAGAUACAGCUCCGAACUGACCAGAGUCGGCUGGGCCUAUGUCAAGGAGGGCGUAACGGGGACCUGGUUUCCUACGUGGCUUCUACUGCAACGGAGAAACCUGUUUUACACACGCUCGAUCGACUCGACAGCCUCCAACUUCGAGCAAUUAGAUCUACGCAAGGCGCGCUGCAUAGUACUGAGGGAACACGAGGGACCGACGAGCGAGGACGGCGGCAUACCUGUGGUCGUUGUGGACGCGGGCGGCAGAGGUGCGUUGCACAUAGCGUCACCCGGUUCGAGGGAGGCUCCGGUUUGGAAGCACGCUCUUUAUCAGGCGGCUACCAGCUGCGGCCCUGGUAUCGAGCAACAGCAGCUAACUCAGGACAACGUACCCGUGAUCCUUGAAAAAUGCAUAAACUUCAUCUACACCCACGGUAUAAUGUCCGAAGGUAUAUACCGUCACAGCGGUUCGAGCAGCGCGGUGACGCGUCUACUGGAGGCAUUCCGCAAGGACGCGUGGGUAGCGCAGAUCAGGAAGGUCAACUACACGGAGCACGACGUCGCCACGGUGCUCAGACGAUUUUUGAGAGAUCUGCCCGAACCACUUCUGCAAGCCAACGUACACGAUCCACUGUGCAGAAUCGUAGACAUGGAGAACGAGGACGAUCGCGUUUCGAACUACAGAAAUCACCUGGACACCCUAAAGCCCGUGGCCGGCGCGACUCUGCGCAAGAUACUCGCCCAUCUCCAUUGUCUGAGUCAACAGAGCGCGAGGAAUCGCAUGACCGUCGGAAACCUAUCGGCGGUAUGGGGUCCGACCUUGAUGCACGCCGGUGAUACGAACGCCGACGACUGGAACCGGUCCGAGACGAGAGUCGUCGGUGACCUGAUCACCCUGUACCCGAAACUCUACCAACUGUCGGCCGCCGACAUGGCGAGGGAGGCGAAAAUUCUCGAGGUCCUCGAGAGGCACCACGUGUCGAACAACAGGCCCAGGGCCGCGCCCUCGGGUGAUCUGAAAAUCUGGAUCUACCUGAUGGCCAGGGACGGAGAGUGCAUCAACGUGACGAUCGGUCCGCACAAAACCGCGUUCGACGUUUGCAAGGAAUUGGCGGAGAGGACGGGCCGUCAACCCCACGAACUUUGUCUGGAGGAGUCGGCCCUCGGUGGCGACCUGGAACGUCCCCUGCAUCACAACGAGAGCGUUCUGGAAACGGUGGCGAGGUGGGGAUACUGGGACGUCGACGACAGGAAGGAUAACGUCCUACUGCUCAAGAAGGACACCGUCUACAGCGACAUCAUACCUCUGGUAAAUCCGCCGAUGACGAUAUCGGGCGAGCUCAAAUUCGCCGACACGAAAUCGAAGAAUUUCAAAAAUUACCUCUUCGAGUUCAGCCGAGCGAAAUUGUGCUGUUACAAGGACAAAAUGUGCGCUUCGAAACUGUGGGAAUGGAGAAUAGAGGACAUCGUGUGGUACAUAGGGCACGAGUCCAAACGGAAUCCGCGAAUGGGGUGGUCGAUCACGUUUAUACUGAAAAAUGGAAAACCGAACAGGUGCAAGGAUACCCCAUACUUCGGUUACACGUUGGCGGGGGCUUUGAAAGGUGAGGAGUAUCGAUGGUUGGCGGCUAUGGUGUUCGGCGAAUUUCAACUCAACUUACGACCGGCACCCGUCAACCUUAUGGACCCUUGAUCCUCCGAAUAGCGAGGAUCUGCGUGGGGUCGUGUCGCGGAAUUUUCUCGAACGCCUGGGAGGGCGAUAAAAAAAAUUCAGACAAAAAUUAGGACCACGUGGUAAUUAGUGUUUAAGGAUCGGUGACGCGGCCCGGAGAACGUCACGUUCGACGACGAUGAUGAAACGAUACGUGCGAUGACGUUCUCGGGGGGUUUUUUUUUUUUUUUUUUUUCUACGAGAUUUGUAAAUAACUUAUUUUCUCAUACGAUUGAAAAUUAUUCGCGCUAUUCGAUACACGUUCACGUGUACGACUUGUAUGAAAAUAAUACCGACAAUGAGUAUGUAAAGUGAAAAGUAUCGAAGUACAGAGAUAUCAGUAUUUUUAUGAUAAUACCGCAGAUAUGGACGUUGUUUUAGCAAAAAUUAUGUAGAAAAAAUGCAUCGCAUUUAAAAAUUGUUGAACUUUUGUAACGAUAUAAAACGUCACUCGUACGACGCGAUCGGUGCUAUAAUUAUAUACAUACACGUAGGCGUAGAUAUAACAAAUUUUUCCAUCUUUUUUUUUUUUUUUUCUUUUCACGUACAACUUAGAUACGUAUAUUUAGUACAAUGGAAGUAUUUGAUCGGUUCCGAUACCAAAGAAGAGAAGAGAAAAAUGAAAUAGAAGAAGAAUUAGAAAAUUGCCGAGUUCCUUGGCGAGCGAUUGAUGAAUUGUUUUUUUUUUUUUUUUUUUUCAAUCAAACUCGCAAGUUGCCAGAUUAUAUUAUUUUCGAGGUAUUUGAAAAUUUUAUUGAAACGUCGUUAGAGUUAGUAGAAAAUUGAUUUAUCGAUCAAUCGAUAAAUUAAUCCUUCGACGAAUAAGUGAUGAACAAUUACUGUUGCGUAUUGUAAUGUAUAUCGAUGUAAAAUAUUAAUCCAUUUAUUUGUAUACUAUAAUAAUAUUAGGUAUAAAAACCGUUACUAUACAUAGUUAUAGUUUAUACGAAUCGCUUACACUUAAAAAUUGUUUAUUCUUUAAUAAAUUGUUUUUUUUUUUUUUAUAAAUAAUAUUGAGCUGCCAUUUUUUUAUUCUGUGCGUUAAAUGAACACUUUUGACAAUCAUUUAUCGUAAGAUUAAUAACUAGAUGUUAAUCGUAUCGAAAAAUUCUACGUGCGAAAGUUCGAAGAUCUUUGAAAAACGAAGGAAACCUGAAUUGAGAGAAAAACUUGUCGAAUUCCAAAAAAGUAUACAAAUACAAAAUUAUUGGGUAAUCAUUUGUUUCUUUUUCUCUUCUCGACCAAUCCUACGAUCUAAUGAGCAUUCUUAAAAGGUCGAACGAUUAUUUAAACUCGAGAUUCUUGAGCACUACCAAUAAUUACACAACCGUGAAUCUUAAUUCGCCUAUCAUAUGGUCAUAAAUAUAUAUAUAUAACUGCGAUUACCUUAAAAAGUAAUUAAUUUUUAUUUGGUCCGUUCCGUUCAAUAACGCUCUCGAUCGAAUCUUGUUACGUAAAUCCCGCGGCUGACAAGUAACUCGUUUCGAUGAAUGUACUGUACGUACAUUC